AGUCUUUUCUCAGCUCUGCAGCGUGUUGUCAAAAUGGCGGCUUUGUCUUCCGCGCUGCGUUCUAGGGUUUCGGCUUCAGCGAUUUCGGCAGUACUCAGGGCUAGGAAAAACGUGAUCAUUGAGCUUGAGGCAUCUCCGCCCGUAUCGCGGCUCUCUUCAUUAAGGAAGCGUAGUUCCUGCAUUCCAAGGUUACCGGCAAGUUCGAGUUGCUUGAUGUCGAUGCUUCCUCUCCACAGCGCGAUUGCCACCGCUCGUCUGCAAUCGGUUCUCGCUGCGGAGUCCCAACGAUGGGGUUUGGUUCCACAAGGUAUCUCAAUGCCUUUAUGAUGGCACCUGUCGAUAUGGCAUCUGAAUGCAUGAGUCUCAUACAUCAGACAUGAUUUUCAUGCCACUUGAGCUUUCAGGAAACAUUCUUUCUUUCCUUGGAACACAACUUAUUGGAAAAAUGAAUUCCAGCUGAAAGUUCUGUCAGUGAAGAUUUGAUAAACCAUUUUCAUAUUUAAAAGUAACAUUUGCAAUUUGAAGUCAUUGCUCUUCAUCAUAAUUUGGCUUCAGUAGUCUGAUUGCUUUUUAAUUAGGAUGGAGGGAAAAAGCCUUGCAAUGUUUGUGACAACAGUGAUUCAUUUUGUUUACCUGGUUUUCUACCUGAUAUCGAUGGAUCAGACUUUGUUUUCAUGGUGAAAUGUCUGUAAAUCUACUUUUGAAGCUCUUGGAUAAUGAAUUUUGGUUGGAUUGUA